CUUCCUGUCGCGCCCGGGAGCGUUCAGGAUGGCGUUCAGGUGGGAGGCGAACUUUGGAGGCUGAGAAGGAAUUUGAUGGAUAACAGGAUGAGGUACACAAUAUGUGCUGGAGAACGACACAAGAGCUGAGUAAAAGUGUGGGGAAGUGCAGAUGAGUUAUGUUUCCUGCCUUCUGUACUGACUCAAACAGAGGAAACCAGCUCCCGGUGCUGACGCCCAGAGGCUCAGAAGUCACUGCACAACACCGGGCAGAAAUCCUCUUCGAAGCCAGCGUCUCCACGUCCGGGCCUGCACGCUUUGAAAAGAAGACCUGGCCACGGAUUUCUGAAAUCAUCAAGCACUGACACAUCUGAGCCCCCUCCACUUCUCCCGUUACAGUCAUGAACAACUCCAACUCCACUGGCUGUAUCAUUGACCUCAGAGUGGACCAGACCUUCAUUCCUGUGCUGUAUGGCUGCGUCUUCUGCGUGGGGCUGCCCACCAACUGCCUGGCCCUGUAUGGGCUGUACCGCCUGGUCAAGGCCGACUAUGCCCUCCCCAUCUACGCCAUCAACCUCCUCCUGGCCGACCUCCUCCAGAUCGCCACCCUUCCCCUCUGGAUCGACUACUACCACGGCGGCCACAAGUGGCAUUUCGGGAAGGGAGUGUGCAAGGUCAUCGGCUGCUCAUUCUACAUCAGCUUGUUCGUCAGCAUCUUCUUCAUGUGCUGCAUUUCCCUGGAGAGGUACCUGGCCAUCGUCCAUCCGCUGUUCUUCCAGACCCAGCGGGCGCUCUGGAAAGUGUGUGUUCUCUGCCUGGCCGUAUGGCUGUUCUUCAUUGCUGGAGUCGUGUCGGGCUUUAACAUUGGUUUCGAGAGUGAGAGCCCAAACACGUUUUGCAUGGAAGCCUUCCCAGCGAAGACAGAGUUUGCCAUCUUCCAGCUGAUGUCCAUCCCUCUCACCUUCCUUGUACCUCUCUCGUUCCUGGUGUUUGUGUCCCUGCGCGUGCGCAGAAGCCUCGCCCGGUCGGUCUCCGUCUCGAAGCGCGAGAAGACCAGGAUCACUGGGCUGCUGCUCCUGAUCGUGCUCAUGUUCCUGCUCAUUUUUGGGCCCUACCACUUUAUCAGAGCUGUCAGGUACACCGGCAUCAUUAUGGUCCAAGAUGCCUGUGGCUUCGAGAGCAGGCUUUUCCUUUACUUCCAGAUCUCCCUGGGAGUGCUGAGUGUGAACUCUCUCCUGGACCCUGUGAUGUAUAUCUUCAUCUGCAGAGAUGCCCGGAAAGAAGUGUUGGAUUCGUUCCCCUGCAUUUGGAGGAUAGUCGGAGUCACAGAUGACAGCAAUACACCCUCCACUGAUCAGGCAGAGAUAGAACCCUGCAGAGUGUCUGUUUCUGCAAAUCACCAAUGAAGGCAUUUUCCUCUUUUGACCCAUUUCCAAAACACCAUUUUUUAUAAUGGGACAUUAAUCUAAGCCCUGCCCCCCCAGUAGUUGUUCAUUAAAGAUCCCAUGACGUCUUAUACAAAACCACUUGUCAGAGUCCAAAUUGCAACUUUAAAGACAAGGCAGCAUGAAAAGACCUCGGUGGGGCACAGCAUCCAGACAUGGACCAAAGUGUCUGCAGCACUCCGUGAGACAAAUUGGGGACUGAAUUUCCAGACCUGGGAAUGGUGCAUCGAUUCCAGAUGAUCGGCACUGGAGUUCAAGGAUUAAGGAGUCGGGAGCUGUUUUGGAUGACUUGAUGGACUUAAUUUGCAUUGUUAAGCGCCUUGGCGCAACCUUGUUGUGGAAGGCGCUAUAUAAAAAUAAAUUGAAUUGAAUUGAACUUAACGAAAGGGAACUUGCGGUGGUCAGAGGCUGGAGACUUUGGAGAAGGGAUGUUCCAUUCAGCUGUGUUCAGACACAGCUAACUCUUGUAUCAGCCCUUCAUUUGAAAAAAGACUCAUAGAUUCACUUUGGAGUGCUGAAGGGGCAGAGAGGGACAGGUGCUUUUAAAGGUGUGGAAAGGAAAUAUCCUACACUACCGACAAGACAAUUCAUCCUAAUAGUGCUCUGCAGGAAGGUUAGUU